UAAAUGAUAUCAAAUCUCAUCCAAACUAUGAGUAAUAACAUGUGACAUAUUACAUCAAAAUAAUAGUUCGUACUUGGAUCCAAACAUAUAGUAAAAAUUCAAACACACUUAUAUAACAUCAGUAUUCAAAUAUUCAAAUUAGAAUUCCAGAAAUAUAGUUAGGUGAAGAGAACAACCGGAAAAUAGGUGGAUUUUACAAAUCAAAAGGAAAAAACGACACCGUGGACCUCCAACCUGAUAAGCGGGUCCACCCGGAGGGUGUGAGCGGCUCCGUUUUUCUCACCAGGUCAUGGUGGUUUCGAUAAAUAAAAAAGGGCAGUUAGAAGGCGCUGAAAAAUCUCAGUAAGGGAGGUAGGUAGACGAAGGCCGAUUCCACCAACGCUAAGGAAGAACGACAAGUAGCUGUAGGAAGUGACGAUGAAAAAAGGCCUCAGAAGAGUGACGCAAUCCCCACAACCUAGUGAUGACAAUGAGGCGGGACGGAUACCUCUAUACACAUGCCUGCCAAUGCUACUGCAUGUUGGGGCGAGUAAUACUCAUGCGGGGCAGGUCGACCCACUAUAUUACUUAUUAUUUGGAGGAAAAAAUACGCGAAAUAUUUUACUUUUCGUGAUAAAACGAAGGGAAAAAUAUUUCAUGAACGAAAAAUUGUGAUAAUAUAAUUAAUUGAGUCUAAUUAGUAGCAAAGUUAAGUUUAAUUAGUUGAAGAAAAGUCAAAAUAUGAGAAAUAUGAAUAAAUAUUGUAAGAAAUUGAGAGAGAAUGGAUCAAGAAUGGGGUGGGAGCAUAACAGGUCGGAAGUAGAUACCCAUGCGCCAGGCCCCAUCCCACACUACUACAGAUCAGGUAAUACCCGUCUCAUCCCGGCCGAAUCAAGUCAGAUAGUAUCCGGCGGAGCAGGUUCAAAUUGUCAUUCCUACCACAACAUCACUACAAAACCAACAACAAUGGAGCAACAACCACCAUUUCAUCAUAAAUACGUCUUUUUUAUUUUCCAAUCUCCAACCCUAUGAAUCUUUAAUGGAUUUAGAUGAGGCAUUUGCCAUAUUUAAGAGCAGAAAAGUACGAAAAUAUAUUCAUUCUUUAAAAAGAAUUGGGUGUCCAUUCAUUUAAAACACUAUUUGAUAUUUGAUAUUCGAAAUUUCAAUAUUUCAUACAGAGAUAUAUAUCAAUACUGUACCGAUUUCCACGUCUAACAAUGAUCAUUUCUGCUCUUCCGGGACAGGCCUCUGGCUUGCCCACUAAGAAAUAAUAAAUUAAUGGGAAACCCCAAGUCGAAACCAAAACGCCUUGAGAUGAGUCUCCGCCGGGUCAGCCGGUCCGGCCUCUGGCUUGCCCAAAAAGAAACAACAUAUUAUUAAUGUGAAACGGAAACCCCAGAGCCCAGACCGCCAGACGAAACCAAAACGCCGCGUUUUGGCGUCAAAGACCACCUUCCCUUGCUUGCUUAUCCACUAAGCCAACACACACGAAGCAAAAUUUCAUAUAAAACCCGGGGAAGUUGUGAGACUCUUCAUCAGUUUCACGGCAAAAGCGGCUUACUGGUACGCUUCGGAGAGUGUGCGUCUGUUUAGAGCUCUCCUUAAAUACCGUCUUUGCUUCUCCUCUUCGCGAUCUCUCUAGGGUUUUCGAGGGUCUCUUCCAAUUCUCUGUUCGUGCGCGGCUCACCGGAACGCGUAGCUUUGUUAAAAGCUCUGCAGCUAUGGAAUCGACUCUCGUGAUCAAGGUUCGAUAUGCUGACACAUUGAGGCGGUUCAAUGCUGUUAUUAGGGAGGAUGGACAACUGGCUCUUAACUUGGAGGGUCUCAGGGCUAAGGUCCUUGGUCUUUUUAACUUCCCUCCCGAUGCAGUGAUCGGGCUGACCUACGUGGAUGAAGAUGGGGAUGUUGUGACCCUUGUUGAUGACUCUGAUCUGCAAGAUGUCACAAGGCAAAACCUCAAGUUCUUGAGGGUGGAUGUCAGUCUCAAGACCGAGAAAGAUGCUUCUUCUUAUGCCGCUUCUAGCUGCAGUUCUACGCCCUUGAGAUCUCCUGCAACCGAGAGGCCAUCAACACCUAAUGUUGGGGGCAGUGUUGCUGAUGUGCUCAAGACUCUGCAACCUGCUCUGUCUGCUCUACCUCCAACGGUUGCUGAAGCUGUUGCAAAAUUUUCAACUGAUUUUGCUUCGAAAGCUGCUGCUUCUGGUGCCCAGUUUAAAAUUGAUGUGAAGGAAGUGUCGAAAUCAGCCCAGCAACCUCUGUAUGAAGCACUAUCGAAGAUGUCUCUGGACCUGGCUUCUAAUGCCGGUUCUUCUUCUGCUCCUGUGCUGACUGAUCUUGUUGACAGCUUGUCAAAGAUUGGGCUUUCCUACAUCAGUACUCCUCAGGAGCCUAAGACUAAUGCAACACCUCAAACCAAGGAUGCAGGUGUUGCAACUGCACCAUCUGCUGUUCCAGAUGCUUCCCGUGGGGGUGGCAUGCAGGAAGACUUGGCUGAAUCCAGUGCUAGAACACGUGGUGUGUCAAGGCCAUCAAAGCCUGUUUCUUCUGCUCCUGUUGAUCUGAAUCGGGAACCGCCUAUUGAUUCGUCUCCAUUAGUAGAGAGUUCUUCACAAAACAAGGCAUCUGAGAAGAAAGCGAAAGAACCAAGUGCUGGGGUUCACGUUCCUACUGAUACAGUGAAUCCUUGGGGCAGUUCAUGCCCAUUUAGUGGGGUGGGGCUGUUUGACAGCUCUUACACACUACCUCAUCCUCUGCCUCCCCAUUUCAAGCCAUUUAAACCGUCUAAGAGGAGCCAUAGCCGCAGUGAUGGCAUGGUUGGCUUGUUCCACCGCGGUGUUCAAUGUGAUGGUUGCGGGAUACAUCCCAUUGCUGGACCUCGUUACAAAUCAACUGUAAAGGAAAAUUAUGACUUGUGCUGCAUGUGCUUUGCUCAAAUGGGUAACGAAACUGACUAUGUCAAGAUGGAUAAGCCCGCGACUUAUCGUCAUUUACGGUCUUUCAGAGGCUCGAAUUGUCCUGCUUCCCCUUGGACGUGCCCCGUACCACCAGUAAGGCCUAUAACAAAACAAGGUGGAUCUGUUCAGCCUAGGCUAGACAGUCGCUUUGUUUUAGAUGUGAAUGUAGUGGAUGGUACUGUACUGGCUCCAUCUACUCCAUUUACAAAAAUCUGGCGACUGCGCAACAAUGGCAAUCUUGUGUGGCCCAAGGGUACUCAGCUUGUGUGGAUUGGAGGAGACAGAUUCAACCACACUGAUUCAUCCGAGCUAGAGAUUGCUGCAAAUGGUCUUCCCGUGGAUGCAGAACUUGAUGUUGCUAUUGACUUUACUUCUCCUGCAAAACCUGGUCGAUACAUCUCAUACUGGAGACUGGUUUCACCAUCUGGCACCAAAUUCGGUCAGCGCAUCUGGGUUCUUAUCCAUGUGGAUGCUUCCCUGAAGGUUGCUUCUGGCGCAAGUCUCCAGGGUUUGAACCUCAAUUUACCCCCUGUUUCCGUUGCUGCCUCUGAUUCUUCUCAAACCGUAGUAGAUGCUACUAGUAAGCCUGCUGGUUCAUCAGCCUUACCCUCUGAGGUGGCUGCGACACACAUGUUCGAUCAACUGGCCAAGUCGGAGCAGGAGAAGAAUUUCCCUGUUAAUGAUGCCUUGCUUGUAGGGAAUCACCCCUCAGCCUCGGAGACCAAGUCGAGCAGCUCUUAUUUGCCCUACCCUAUGAUAGACCUGUCUGAUGCAGCAGCCGGCCCCUCUUCUAGCAUCAGCAAACCAAGUGCUCCUGCCGCGAUAGGAAUGCCCAAACCAACUGCAGAACAAGAAGACAAGAAUGUGGAGGAUGCCGUUGAGGAGAGCCUUCUGAAGGAGCUGGAGGAAAUGGGGUUCAAGCAGGUGAAUCUGAACAAGGAGAUAUUGAGGAUGAAUGAGUAUGACCUGGACCAGUCGCUGGACGAUCUCUGUGGUGUUGCUGAGUGGGACCCGAUCCUUGAGGAGCUGAAAGAGAUGGGUUUCUGUGACAAUGAAGUGAACAAGAAGCUGCUGAAGAAGAACAAUGGGAGCAUCAAGCGUGUGGUGAUGGACCUCCUCACUGGCGAGAAGGCCUAGCCGCGGGAUGGUGACUCGGUUUCUGAGUUUUAAGUGUUCUCUAUGAAAAGUAGCAUAUAAAUAAGUGGGGGUUAUCUUAUGUCGUUGGAAACAUCUUCCGUAGCUCUGGUUUUCGGCUUUUCACUUGCUAAUAGCUCUAAAACUUCUGGUCCUGUAGUUCUCUGUGUUUGAACUUUCGGUUUAUAUGAAUAAAUGGCUGGGGACUUC